AAACGGAGCUUUCCAAAUGGCUUUUCAUGCAUUUUAGCCCUUACCUUUCUUUACAGAAGGUGGCUACUUUGCACACAAGGCUUACAAAAACUUAGAUAACAAUGGCGUUCAAGCAAAAGGUUUCUAUCUCUCUGCUCAUUAUCAUGGUGAUAACGGCCCCAUUUGUCCACUCUUCUCGCUCUUAUGGUGGAAUAGAACCUGCAAGAGACACCUCCAUGCCCACAAAGGUGAUAUUUGUGAAAAGUUUGGGGAUUAAUGGCGAUAAUCAACAGUCAGCUAGGCAAGUGCCAACAGGACCAGACCCUCUACACCACAAUGGCAGCCCAGCCAGGCCUUGAAGAUGACGAUGGAUGAUGAAGUUUUGUGGCGGGUGGGUGGUGUUGUCCAUCAUUGUUGACCAUUUUUUAACUUAUUUCAUGAAAGCUACUUUUUAUUAAUUCCCUUUGUCCUUUGUUUUUGCUUUCUUCCUGUAAAAGC